ACACGUCAAAGUUAACCUAUACAAGUUAUUAACUAUGUCGAAGCAUAAAAAGUUGAAACGAAGACAUCGAGAGAGAAGUCAUCGUAGGAAAGGUCAUAAACGUCGUCACCGCAGCAGGGACUCGUCGUCUUCUACGGACUACUCGCCGAGGUACAAACGUAGGAGGUCGUACAGCCCGGGUGAAACGUCGGAUGAAUCGAAAGAGAGAUCAUAUCCUCGUGAAAGUAGAAGCAGGAGCUAUUCUCGAGGCCGCUCGUCGAACAAUUCGAAGAGUACGGGUCACACACCACCACGCUCUCGAGAGCGAUCGCCGGAAAAAGUGGAGCCUGCAAUUACGGAUUCCACGAAAAAGACGACGGACAACAAUUCACCGGCGGCAAAAAAGGAGGUUAGAAUUGCAUCGAGCGUAACGGUCGUCGAAAAUCCGUCGACGGAUGGUAAGGCAGAGCAUAACCCCCAAAGUGGAGCCACAGACACUCCGUUGAAAGAAAAAAUUGUGAACGUGCUCGGCUGUCGCUUGAAGGAGGACAAAGAAUUUUCUCCUGCAGUACACUCACACUUUGUUUCCAUUUGGAAAGACAUCGUACAGCUCGGCCUACCAAAUGAUGACAAAAAAGAGCUCAUCAAAAAAUAUCCGAUACCAAUAAAUUGCGAGUUUCUCGAGACGCCAAAGUUGAAUAAAGAGAUGGAAGUCAAUGUGAACGAGGUCUGCAAGACCCGUGAUAAGCGUAUAGCUGAAAAACAGGACAAGUGCGUUGCAGUAAUCACCAGUCUGUCCAAGGUUUUAUCUCAUAUGAUAUCAAUUGGAGGCAUUGACAAUGACGAAGAUGUACCGCAUAUCGAAGCCGUUAGCGAUGCUAUACGCCUUUGUUUAGACUCAUUUCAUGAAGAGUCAUCAAUACGCCGUAGCCUCGUCAUAUCUCAUAUCAAUGUGAGUUGGAAGGACAUAUUAAUGACAACUGAGGUAGAUGAAUUUUUAUUCGGUAAAGAUCUCACCGAAGUCGCGAAAAAAGCAAGGGCAACGGGUCAAGAAAUGAAAGGCUUGGCGAAGAAAACCUCGGAGAAUAACUCAAAAAACACAAAAACCCCGUCUCGUCCAUUCAACAGGCCGCAGACAGAGACAUAUGCGGGGCCGAGUCAGCGGCAAUCAUCGAGGUCUCAAUCACAAGCUCAGACGCAGAAGAAUCGGAAGCCGUACAGGAGUCGCCGCACCUCGCCGAAGCAGAACUACUCCAGCAACUCGAACAGGAGUCACUCUCGCCACUCGAGGAAGAAUUAAUAAAUAAAAACCAACAAACAACACCCAUUGUGGAAAAAGCUUUCCCUGGUGGUCGGGCUGUUAUCAGCGAAGCAUUUAGGAGGCA